AUGUCCCAAGGCAUGUCACCGAUGUUUGAUGGGAAGGUGCCCCACUGGCACCACUACGCCUGCUUCUGGAAGCGAGCGCGGGUAGUGUCACCCACGGACGUAGACGGAUUAUCAGACCUUCGCUGGGAUGACCAAGAGAAGAUUAAAAAGACCAUCGAAACCGGAGGAACGGGAGGAGGAAAAGGCGGUGAUCAGGGAGAGAGUAAAGGGGAGAAGACCUUGAUUGAUUUUGCUGUGGAGUACGCCAAAUCAAACAGGAGCACCUGUAAAGGCUGCAGUGAAAAAAUAGAGAAGGAUACCGUCCGUGUCUCCAAGAAAAUGAUUGAUCCGGAGAAGCCGCAGCUGGGGAUGAUCGAUCGAUGGUACCAUCCUGCGUGUUUUGUGACCAAGAGAGCAGAACUGGGCUUCCUGCCCACCUACAGCGCCACCCAGCUGAAGGGUUUCAGCACUUUGAGUGCAGAGGACAAAUCGGCGCUAAAGAAACAGCUACCAGCUGUCAAGACUGAAGGUCUCGCUCUGCAGGAACAGAACCAGUUGAUCUGGAAUAUUAAAGACGAGUUGAAGAAGUGUUGUUCUACCAAUGAUCUCCGAGAGCUUUUAAUCGCCAACAAGCAAGAGGUGGCAUCGGGAGAGGCGGCUAUACUGGAUCAGGUGUCAGACGGGAUGGCAUUUGGAGCGCUGCUGCCCUGUGAGGAAUGCAAAGGGCAGUUAUUGUUGAAGGGAGAUGCCUAUUGCUGCAGCGGUAACCUCACUGCCUGGACCAAGUGUAGUGUCAGCACCCAGGCACCUGCUCGCAAGGACUGGGUCACUCCGAAGUGUGCUCGGUUCUGCUCCUGCAGGUACUGGGUCUUCAGGUCCUGGGGCCGAGUGGGGACCACCAUUGGUGGCAACAAGCUGGAGAAGAUGUCCUCCAAAGAGGAAGCUGUCGAUCAUUUCCUGGGGCUGUACGAGGAAAAGACAGGCAACGCCUGGCACUCGAAAAACUUCACCAAAUACCCCAAAAAGUUCUACCCACUGGAGAUCGACUACGGCCAGGAUGAGGAAGCUGUGAAGAAACUUACCGCGAAUUGCAGUACCAAAUCCAAACUGGACAAGGCAGUGCAGGACCUCAUCAAGACCAUCUUUGAUGUAGAGAGUAUGAAGAAAGCCAUGGUGGAGUUUGAGGUAUGA